AUGUGUCCUGAGUCAGUGUGUACCAACAUGUGUCCUGAGUCAGUGUGUACCAACAUGAGUCCUGAGUCAGUGUGUACCAACAUGUGUCCUGAGUCAGUGUGUACCAACAUGUGUCCUGAGUCAGUGUGUACCAACAUGUGUCCUGAGUCAGUGUGUACCAACAUGUGUCCUGAGUCAGUGUGUACCAACAUGUGUCCUGAGUCAGUGUGUACCAACAUGUGUCCUGAGUCAGUGUGUACCAACAUGUGUCCUGAGUCAGUGUGUACCAACAUGAGUCCUGAGUCAGUGUGUACCAACAUGUGUCCUGUGUCAGUGUGUACCAACAUGUGUCCUGUGUCAGUGUGUACCAACAUGUGUCCUGAGUCAGUGUGUACCAACAUGUGUCCUGUGUCAGUGUGUACCAACAUGAGUCCUGAGUCAGUGUUACCCGAUGUGUCCUGA